UCCGCUCGACAGAACGCAACGGCAUCAGUGACAUCUGUACGACAGCGAUGUGCGGUCCACGUCGCUCGUCUCCUCUCGGAGUGCGACGCCUUCUCGCGAGCGUUGGGCUGGCGCUCGCCACGACGUCAGUGGUGCGGUGUCUGCAGCUUACGGACGACUUGCAGAGGUUCGUGACAACGCUCGAGCGGUAUGCCAGGACGAGAAACGACAUCGUCUUCGUGCUCGACGAAUCCGGCAGCAUCGGCGAGGAUCACUUUCCGGCCGAAGUGGAAUUCACGCAGAUGACGGCGCGGUUACUGACGGUGUCGCCGGAUUUCUCCCGGAUCGCGGUGGUCACCUACAGCAGCAACUACAUGCUGCACUUCGACCACAUUUCCCAAGGCGGCAGCAGCAUGUGCGGCUUCCUAGGCGAGAUUGAGAAGAUCGGAUAUCGCGGAGGCAGCACCAAGACCAAGGAGGCGCUUGAGUACGCCGACCGCCUGCUGCAGGGCGGCCGUUCUGGAGUAAACAGAAUAAUCGUGCUGAUAUCAGAUGGGCAGGCUGACGCAAGCUCCAGACCACAGGGCAUUGCCCGAGAGUUGCAGCGAAAAGGUGUCGUUAUAUUUGCGGUUGGAGUCGCCAGCAUCAACCGUGCCGAGUUGGAGGAGGUGGCGACAUCCACCGCGCACAUCUACAUGCUGACAAGCUUUCCCUACAUCAAGGAAGUGAACUUGGACCUCCGCGAAGAUAUCCAGGAUAACCAGUGGGACUCCGUGGAUGCAUCCAAGUGCUUCGAUCAGUCCGGGAGCUGCGACGUGAACGCCAUCUGCGGCUGUGGUGCCCGAGGCGGAAGUUAUCGGUGCAUCUGCAAAGAGGGCUACGAAGGCACCGGGACGAGCGGCACAUGUCGACGUUGCCCACGAGGUAAAUACAAGAAGGAAAUUGGCUCUCUAAAUUGCAAGGAGUGUCCGGGUCACUCAACGACGUCUGACGAAGGCGCGAACAGCUUGGAUCAAUGCUUGUGCAUACCUGGCUAUGAGGGGAACCCCGGCAGCAGUGUACCCUGCAAACCCGUCAAGUGCGCCAAGCUUUCGGAUCCUCCUGGUGGAAGCACUCUGCCUCACCCAUGCGGAAACGAAUUCGGUAGCAAGUGCGACUUCAAGUGCAACGAAGGUUAUUGUCCUUAUUCAUGCAACAUGACUGAAGUCCUGGCCGGAAAAUUACCGUGGAACAGCAAAUCGGAGGUGCCACGUGUCUGCAGGGCGAAUAAGGCGUGGUCUGGAAGACAGUUCUUCUGUGACAAGGUACGCUGCCCAGCGCUCAACGCACCGCCCAAUGGCAACAUGAACUGCUCGAGCGACACGUUCGAGUUUGGCACAACGUGCGUGGUCUGGUGCUCCGUGGGUCACAAUCUGAUCGGCAACUCCAGCCUUACCUGUGCGACCAAUGGCAUGUGGAUUGGCCAGCUGCCAACGUGUCGAGUCGUCACGUGUCGGCCGCUCAAGAAGAACAAAAAGAUGCAUGUGAGCCCGUCUAGGUGCCAAAACGAGACAAUGCCUUACGGAUCGAUAUGCAAGUACACGUAAAAAGGCUGGCGACUAGUCGACCCAAUAAGAAAAACUGCAGUCGAUGGUUUCAGAAAGUGCUUGGAGAACGGCAAGUGGCAAGGUGCAAACCAGAAGAUAACAUGCCGAGAAGAAUCCCAGGCCCAACUUGGUGCGAAACGCGGAACCACCCGAGAUCAUGAACUGCCCUGGAGACAUACAAGUGAACAACGCACCUCACAGUCCAUUCUCGGAUCCUGUGACGUGGGAAGAACCCACCGCCAGGACAAUUCGGGAAUCGUUAGCGUGAAGCUAAUAUCUCCAGGUUACGCUAUGAAAUUACCAUGGGAAGCUCCUAUAGGAGAACAUGUUAUCCAAUACGUGGCCGUGGACGGCGAAAAACUGGAAUCGAAACCUUGCACCUUCAGGGUCACUGUACGAGAUGUCGAGCCACCAAGAAUAAUGAGCUGUCCCGAUGAUAUCAUCCUCUCCUCAGCGGCCAGAAAAGUGAAUAUCAUGUGGGAAAAACCUACUUUCACGGAUAACGGAGGAAAUGUGACAAUCACCUUCGACAGGCUACCUGGUCGUUUCACCUGGGGACCACCGAGUACCGUGAACUAUACUGCGCGUGAUGCGGCUGGAAACACAGCAUCUUGCACAUUCAAAGUCACCGUGAAACCCUACCCGUGUCCAUACCUACGUGCUCCUAGGAAUGGUUACGUGACGUGUGAUGCGGAUGACCAGCACUGUAGUGUCUCCUGCGAGGAUGGCUACAGCUUCCCCACCAAUCCAGAACCUCUGUACCGCUGCAAACAAAGGGCCAAUAAGAAUACCGCGGUAUGGGUUACUUUGAAAGGAAGAAAUGCAAAAUUACCCUCGCCGGACUGUGCAGCGUCGACUAGGAGCACCGAGGCAAACAUCACCGUCGGCGCCACAUACAAGACAAGUUCCUGCCAAAGAAGCGAAGCUGAAAUGAGAGCGUUGAAGGCUAAAUUCUUAGCGGUACUUAUGGAAAAAAUGGGCCAUAUACAAAAAUUGUGUGGGCGCAAUAGUAAGUGCACCGUGGAAAAUGUGUCCAUCAAAUGCGAGCACAAGAAUGCCUCGAACAGGAUAGCUGGUGCAAGCCAGCGCGUCAAGAGACAGCUUACAAAGAGGCAGGCCCAGAAGGGAGGCGAAGAUGGCGAGUUCGAACUCUUCUUCUCGUUCGACCUUCCGCUGGACACCGGCUUCAACACCACGGAACUGAUCGACAGUUGCGAGGACUGCAAGAACUCGAGCCUGGUCCCUCCGAGUGCAGCGGAGGAGACUGCAUUGACGCGGGUGGUGCAACAAGCUUUGAGCGAGGCAUUCAACGAAACAGUUGCCCAAACGUUUCCUGACGCCGCUCUUGUGGGAACCACACACUCGAUAAAGUCUGCCUGUGGUAGAGGACAGGUGCCCAACGGACUGCUGUGUGUGAAUUGCCCCGUUGGAACCUAUUACUACGAGAACAGCUGCAUGCCGUGCCCCAUUGGAACAUAUUCCGACAGGGAAGCCAGCGAAACCUGUGACCUCUGCCCGGACAACAAGACCACGCUGGAAGGAAGGGCUGCCUCAGCGUCCGAGUGCCUAGAUCUGUGUGCGCCUGGAACGUGGUCAACGACUGGAAAGGAGCCCUGCAUUGCGUGCGAUCCACACUCUUACCAGGACGAAGUAGGCCAGCGCUCGUGCAAGACGUGUCCCCGAGGCUUGUCGACGGGCUACUGGGGUGCCGGAUCAUCUUUCGAAUGCCAAGUGGUCUGCAAUCCCGGAAUGUACUCCCUGAACGGCCUGGCACCAUGCAAGCCUUGUCCCGUUGGCGAGUACCAGCCUGCAGCGAACCAGACUUCAUGCCUGAAGUGCCCCGGUGGACUUGGAACGCGUAAUGCUGGAACGGUGGACAAAUCUGACUGCGUGGCGAUCAGCUACUGCAACGAGCUGCAGCCAUGUGCCAACGGGUCGACGUGCGUGGACGAGGCGACUGGCUACAGGUGUGUGUGCCCCGAAGGCCUGCGUGGACCACGCUGCGAAGAGAAUUUGCCCGACUGCGAGCCCGACACAUGCCAUAACGGUGCCACGUGCGUCGACGGCGUCGGCACGUUCACUUGCUUGUGCCCUCCCGGCUACACUGGUACUAACUGCGAGACCAACAUCGACGAUUGCGCUUCAGGGCCCUGUCUCAACGGCGCCACCUGCAUUGACGGCAUUGGCAAGUUCGCUUGCAAGUGCGCCAAAGGUUUCACGGGCAAGCAGUGCGAAGCGACGUUCCACGACUGCGCAACGAGCCCGUGUCUCAACGGUGGCACGUGCUUCGAGAGCAUCACAGGCUUUCGAUGUUGCUGCCCGAGAGGUUUUCAAGGCAAGACAUGCGAGCUGGCGGAAGACGCGUGUUGGCCGAACCCUUGCCUGAACAACGGUUUGUGCACGAAGAGAGGAGACUCGUUCCAGUGCGCUUGCGUGCCGGGCUUCCAAGGCCGUCGCUGCGAGAGGAAGGUGGACAACUGCGCUUUGUCACCGUGCCAUAAUGGCGGCACAUGCGUCGACGGACUCGGCUCGUUCACGUGCCAGUGCCACGGACUCUACACGGGCCCCACUUGCACGGAAGUCCUGCCGUCGCAAUUCACACUGUACUUUCGGGAAGCCUCUGUUCUAAACUACGCAAUGGUUCCCGUCAGACGCUACUUGCGUGCCCUGACUCUUUCCUUCCACAUGAAGACGACCCAAACCAAGGAACGCGGCACGGUGUUCUCGUACGCAUUCGCCGACCCGCGUACCAGCAAAGUCCAGGACAAUGCCUUCACAGUCUCUGAUCCCAACAAGUUGCUUCUCUACGUGUACGGCGAGAGCUACGACACCAAGGUGGUUGCAAACGACGGCCAAUGGCACCACUGCGCGGUUACUUGGGAUAGUUCGGACGGUCAGUGGAUCUUCUACUGGGACGAGCAGGAGAAGGCCCGCAACUACAGAGCUGCCGGUGAGGUCGUGUUCCCUGGAGUACUUGUGGUGGGACAAGACCAAGAUGACUUGGGAGCAGCGUUUAGUGGCAUCGAGGCAUAUUCUGGGCACGUGGCCGAGCUAAACGUGUGGGACUACGCCAUGUCGGCAAGUGAAAUCAGGGAAAUCUCGCAAGCAUGUCGGAUAGCUGGAAAUGUCGUCUCCUGGCCCGAGCUGCGCCUCGCUGCCACGAAUGGCAUUGUGUCCGAUGGCGAUUGGGAGCUGUGCAAAGAUACCUACAGUGGUCAAGGCAAGAAGCAGGCAGUGUCGUGUCACAUCACAUCUGCCUCUCUUGAGGAGCGUGCAAGCUGUUCUCGUCGAGUGGAAUCCUGCAGCACGAGUCCAUGUAAAAACGGCCAGUCGUGUGUUAAAAGGAACGACGGAUCAGCUGAGUGCGUGUGCAAUGCAUCGUACGAAGGCAGAUUUUGCCAAUAUGACGUUGACGAGUGCUUGAUUGGGAGGCACAACUGCUCCCACGUGUGCGUCAACAUGCCGGGGUUCUAUAAGUGCUCAUGUCCAGACGGAAUGACGCUUAGCGACGACCGCGUCACGUGCGUGGACACAAGUUACUGCACCGAUGUGUUGUCAGCGUACCUGGUAAGUGCCUUACAGACGGAGACUCUUGGCAGCGAGGGUGUGAGGAUCUGCAAGUGUAACAAGGGAGCGGUGCAGUGCUCUCCUCUGAUUUGCCCUGCUUUGAAUUGUUCUGCUGGAAAAAUUAUGUCCAAGAACCCGUCUGAGUGCUGUGGGUCGUGUAUCAAAGAACCGCCGAAAUGCACCUUGCGACUGAACAACACUCUGGUCUCUUUCGAUGGUCUCUCUUUCCCUCUGAAUAAACAACACGAUUAUGUCCUGUUUCAAGACUGCUACAAUGGCAAAUUCUACGGUUACCUACAUCGCCACAGGAAAGAGGUAGCGGUUCGCGUCUACAUACACUGCCUCACCGCCACCUUGUUCACCAGUGGUCGGGCAAUGGUAGGCGACCGCCAAGUGCAGCUGCCGCACCAUGAGGACACCAUCAUGACCCUCGAAGCUGGCAGUGGAAGCGAAGCCUUGCAACUGCGCACCCAUCAUGGCUUGGUUGUUACGGUGCGGAAAGACGGUACCAUUGUGACGUCACUUCCGGACGGCUACACCGGUCAAGUGUGCGGCCUGUGCGGCAAUGCUAAUUUCGACGUCCGAGACGACCUCACCACCAAGCACCACCUCAGGGCCAAGGAUACAUCGGAGUUUCUUGCAAGUUGGAGUCUGUCUACUCCUGACGAACGACAGCAUGGCCACUUAAAGUGCCCAGAUAAACCACGAUAUGUCACUGUCAAAGUUACCGAGAUGUGCAGAAACAUGAGGGAUGACAAUGCUCCUGAUGACUGGAAAAAAGCCGCUUGGAAAGACAGGGGUAUAGCGGCCUGUUUCAAGGCUGUUCAGAAUCCACGGCCGUUCCUGAAAAUGUGCUUCCAGCACAUGUGCUCUUGCUUCGGGAGCGCCUACUGCUUUUGCGACGUUCAAGCUGCCGUAAAACUUGCCUGCGAGAAGCACAACGUCUCAUUGAGCCACCUUCCAGGAGAAGAUUGCGAAAAAAAAGAAACAGUGUGGGAAUGCUUGUGCUUACAUUUACGUAUUCAAGCUCUCGUCGCAGAAUCGGGCUGUCCACCGGGUAUGGAGUUCAACACUUGCGGCCCGGUCGUCACGCCGCGAUGUUCGCCACACAACAAGAUCCGCAUGGCGUGCAUGCCGGGCUGUUUCUGUCCCGGAGGCCAAGUCAUGCACAAAGGGAGAUGCAUAGAUAAGCACGAAUGCCCAGCAGACUCCAAGAGUCCGUUUAGAAGAAAUUGAUUGGCCAUCGCCACAGUAUCGAACCUGUUAUCAUCUUGUCAUCGUCACUGGUUCUUAUCUUUGCAACGCUAGCCUUUCCUUUCGAAAAAAGAGAUCUAACUGAAAUAAAAAAAAAACUGCCCUUUCAUUCUGUCCAUGUUACGUCUAUUUUAGUUUGAGUGGAGAUGAAUAAACUUUAUUUGUGAAACG